UAUAUGAUUAACAGUCAACACGAUAUAAUUAUUCGAUUUUUAAUAAACUAGUUUCAUAUUUUUUCAUAAAAUUCUAGAUUUUUUUGAUUGUUGUCGUAUAUACACAUACAUUUCUAUAUAAAAAUAGUAAAAGGAUCAUUAACCAAAUAAAAUGUUUAAGAAAUUUGAUGAUAAAGAUAGUGUGAUUGGUAUUCAACAGUUAAAAUCAUCUGUUCAAAAAGGUAUUAGAACAAAAAUUAUUGAUCAAUAUCCAACACUUGAGGAGUAUAUAGAUUCAAUAUUACCUAAGAAAGAUGCAUUAAGAAUUGUUAAAUGCCAAGAUCAUAUUGAAAUAAUUGUUAAUUCAGCUGGCGACUGUUUAUUUUUCCGGCAUAGAAAUGGCCCCUGGCUACCUACACUAAAGCUUCUUCAUAAAUAUCCGUUCUUCCUUCCUAAAGAACAAGUAGACUUAGGUGCCAUUAAAUUUGUUAUGAGUGGUGCCAACAUUAUGUGUCCUGGUUUGACAUCCCCUGGAGCAAAAAUUGAGCCUGUUCCACAAAAUACAAUUGUUGCUGUAAUGGCAGAAGGCAAACAGCAUGCUCUGGCAAUUGGAAUAACUAGUCUUUCUACGGAUGAUAUAUUAAAAGUGAAUAAAGGAGUUGGUAUUGAAAACUGUCACUAUUUGAAUGAUGGUCUUUGGCAAAUGAAAGCUGUGAAGUAAUACAAAUACGCAUAGUAAACAUAUUGUAUCAAACUAUGUACGAAUUAUUUUGAUAUUUAAGUCGUAUGUUUAAUAAAAUACUCUCAACAUUAAAA